AUCCUCCAAUGGCUGUUCGUCCGUCCGAGAUAUAUCGCGAAGCUCAAGACUGCGGACGAUAGCUUCAAUGUCAACUCAACUUCUUGCUCGAAACGCCCUCCGAAGCCUUUCGACAGCGCCCGGCUCCCGAUUCCUCCCUCGUCACUUCUCGAACUCAUCUGCAGUCAUGGGAAAGCAAGAAUGGAUGUGUAUUCUCCCGGACAAAGCAGGUGCUCUCGAAGCACGCAUGAAGGUCCGACCUCAACAUCUGGAAGCAAUCAAGCCUCAUGAACAAGCUGGUCUUUUUGUUCUAGGCGGGGCAAGUCUCGACGAGCCACUGAAAGAGGGUCAAGGCCCGAAAAUCAAUGGAAGCAUCCUGAUGGCUGUUGCGGACUCCAAAGAAGAAGUCAUGGAGCUCAUCAAGAAGGACAUUUACUACACGAGCGGCGUGUGGGAUCUCGAGAAGGUGAGUGGAGAACCCACGAGCUCGUCGUGACAUUGCGAAGAGAG